AAGCAGCUGCUAGGAAUUGCUAAUUUUGUUUCCUAGGGGAAAAUCGAAUAGCAAUCAGCAUGCAUCCUUCAGUGAUGAUGUUUUCAAGCAAAUACUGGGCAAGAAGAGGGUUCUCACUAGAUUCUGCUGUUUUAGAGGAUCAUCCAAUCAAUAAUCAAACAGCAGUCAGAUUCAGUGGAAGUAAAAAUGAGGAAGACAAAUCGAAAAAACAGAAGCGCAAGAGUGAGCCAGCAGAUGGUGGAAAGAAUGCUGUUGUGUUUUCCCUUAAAAAUGAAGUUGGUGGACUGGUGAAAGCCCUUGCAUUGUUCCAGGAAAAGCAUGUUAAUUUAGUUCAUAUUGAAUCAAGAAAAUCGAGAAGGAAAAGUUCUGAACUGGAAAUCUUUGUGGACUGUGACUGCAGCAAAAAGGAAUUCAGUGAGCUGGUUCAGCUAUUAAAAUGUCAGACAAGCCAUGUAACUCUAAAUCCUCCUGAGAAAACUUUGCCUGAAGAAGAUGAUGUAAGUGAGGCACCCUGGUUCCCAAGGAAAAUCUCAGAACUAGACAAAUGCUCCCACAGGGUUCUGAUGUAUGGGUCUGAACUGGAUGCUGACCAUCCAGGCUUUAAGGACAACAUAUACCGACAAAGAAGGAAAUACUUUGUGGACAUUGCAAUGAAUUACAAAACUGGCACUCCUAUUCCAAGAGUUGAAUAUACAGAAGAAGAAAUCAAGACUUGGGGCACUGUGUUUAGGGAACUCACAAAACUCUAUCCAACUCAUGCCUGCAAGGAGUACCAAAAAAACCUUCCCUUGUUGACCAAGUAUUGUGGAUAUAGGGAAAACAAUGUUCCACAGUUAGAAGAUGUUUCUGCGUUUCUGAAAGAAAGGACUGGCUUCACAGUGAGACCUGUUGCUGGAUAUUUGUCACCAAGAGACUUUCUGGCCGGAUUAGCCUUUCGGGUUUUCAACUGUACACAGUAUAUCCGUCAUGGGUCUGAUCCACUGUAUACUCCAGAACCGGAUACAUGCCAUGAGCUUCUAGGACAUGUACCUCUUCUUGCUGAUGCAAAGUUUGCUCAGUUUUCUCAAGAAAUAGGCCUGGCUUCCCUUGGAGCAUCUGAUGAAGAUGUACAGAGAUUAGCAACUUGCUAUUUCUUUACAAUAGAAUUUGGACUUUGCAAACAAGAUGGGCAUACACGUGCAUAUGGAGCAGGACUUUUGUCUUCUAUUGGAGAGUUAAAGCAUGCACUAUCGGAUAAAGCAGUUGUAAAGCCUUUUGAUCCAAAGACAACUUGCAAACAGGAGUGCCUUAUUACCACCUUCCAGGAUGUUUAUUUUGUUUCAGAAAGUUUUGAAGAAGCCAAAGAAAAAAUGAGAGAGUUUGCAAGGACAAUGAAUCGUCCAUUUUCUGUCUACUACAAUCCGUACACUCAAAGUAUAGAGAUCCUAAAAGACACAAGAAGCAUUGAAAAUGUUGUCCAGGAUCUGAAGAGUGAACUCAGUAUUGUGUGUGAUGCUUUAAGCAAAAUGAACAGACAUUUAGGCAUUUGAUACUGCACCAUAUAUAUAUAUAUAUAUAU